CUCAGAUUAUGUCUCUACCUAAGCCAGAGCACCACCGCUGCGAUUAUGCAUACGCGCAACCGUAUAGAAACUGAGUCGCGCGGACAAAACUAUUCAUAUGAACAUGGCAGGUUAUCUAGGCCUACCGAGCACGGUGGCCGAAACCCUUCGUUGCACAAGUCUUCACAUCACCGUCAUAUGCGCAGCAACUCAACAGAUCGGAGGAACUGUCACCACAGCGACAGCGCGCAGGAGAGCUCGAGACAUGGUAGCAAGACAGAGCAUGCAGCAGAAAAAGCUAUCGAAACAGCUGCUUCUAGUGCGUUCCGGAUGCGACAUGAUCCAGGACGCUGGGUCGGUGAGAAAGGGCUAAAGGUGGUCACUGCAGCUGUUGCCGCAGCAGCAAUAGACGCUAUGCUUGAUGCCAAUGCUAAAGACCAUCCUCUACAGCAUAUAGUGGCUUCAAUGAUUCAAGGAGUAGUCAAAGAUGUAAUUACAAGUGGUGCACUGUGUUAGUAAC